CUGAAGCUGAAAGGACGCACAUUUGUGAACUAAAAGUAUUUUUAAUAUAGAAAACUAAAUAAUUUAUCGUAAAAGUAAAAUUCAAAAUGUGAAAAACUCAAACGUAUUUAACGUAUUCAUAGUAUAAAUCAUAACAGCUAGAACAGGUUUGAACAUAGUUAAUAGAAAUCGUUUUGGAGUAGCCUCAUCUCGCAAUAAGUGCUCAAUUAGUUAUGUUGACGUACGCCAGCGUCGAGGUUUAGUUGUAAGUGAAAGUUCUGGAUUAACUUUUUCUUUGUGAAAAUGAGACUUUAGCAGGCUAUGUGAUAUAAAGUGUAUAAAACAUUAUUGAAAAUGGAGAACGCAAGUUUUUCUGCGGGAGCCGAAUGUGGAGAAGAAAUUGAACGGGCCCUAAUGGACCUGGGCCCUUUUCUUGGCGUGACGAUCAAAGAGGAGACACCUGACGAACUCACUGAGGGCACGGCGACUCGUGCAAAUGUGAGCGGGACGAGUGCGCCGACGGAAGGGGCUUCGGAGACCGCGGACGGCGCGGGCGGCGGCAAGGCGGAGGGCGAGGGCGCCGACUCGCUGGCGUCGCCCACCGCGCGCACGUCCUUCCUCGCCUUGCGCUGCGUGUUCUGCCAGCUGCCGCUGUCUCAGGCGGAAGGCACGCCCAAGCUCAUGGAAUGUCUUCACUCUGCAUGUGAGCCUUGCAUUAAGGCCAAAAUAGACGAGAAGCUCGCCGGUAGCAGGGAUUUUUUAGGCGCCGGUCGCGUCACUAUACUGUGUUCGGCAUGUCGCCUACAUUGUCAGCCGAGCAAUAUGAUCGACCAGAGAUUUGUAAUAGAGAAAACUGCUCUGGAACAGACCGGUACCAACGGCUCUAUGAGUGGAGAGCAGCAAUGCAACAGCUGCGAGGACACGGAGCCCGCGACCAGCUACUGCGUCGAUUGCGGAGAGUUCAUAUGCGAUAAUUGCGUGCACGCGCAUCAGAGACUGAAGAUCACUAAGGACCACACGAUCAAGUCCAAGGAGGAGGCGGUGUCGGAGCUGCAGGCGGCGCAGGGGGGCCGCGCCGCGCACGACAUGUACUGCCGCGACCACCCGCAGGAGCGGCUCGCACUGUUCUGCGAGACAUGCGACCGCCUCACGUGUCGCGACUGCCAGCUGCAGCACCACCGCGACCACAAGUACCAGUUCAGCACCGAGAUGGCGGCUCAGGCGCGCGGAGGCAUCGCGGCGCUGCUGUCGGAGGUCAGCUACAAGCGGGUGCUGCUGGGCUCCGCCAUGAAGGUCAUCCGCGACCGCCAGGCGCUCAUCGCAGACAAGAAGAAGGCGCUCGUGCACGAGAUCACGCAGACCGUCGUCAAGCUGACCAACGCCAUCAACACGCGCGGCAAGCAGCUGGUGCUGCGACUCAACGAGGUGUGCGACGCCAAGCAGCGCACGCUCAGCGAGAAGAAGGACGCGCUCGAGCAGCUGGCCGCCAUCACCGACCACUGCGUCGACUUCGUCAACACGGCGCUGGAGCAGGGCAGCGACACGGCGGUGCUGCACAGCAAGCGCGCCGUGUGCGCGCACCUGCAGCGCAUCAAGAGCCGGCGCGCCGACAUCCCCAACCCCGAGAUCCCCGUGCGCAUCUCGCUCGCGCUCGACAAGCUGCCCGACCUCGUGCGAGUGCUGUCGAACAUCGGCGCGAUAGUGGUGGACGGCAAAGUGGACGGUGGCGGCGGUGCAGGCGGCGUUAGCGGCGGUGGCGGUGCCGGUGGCGGUGGCGGCGGCGGCGGCGGCAGUGGCGGUGGCGGUGGUGGCGUGGGCGGCGCGGCGGGCAGCCCGGGGCCGGCGGGCGCGUUCCACGCGGGCUCUGCCCCGCCCCACUCGGCCGUGGUGGCGCUGCAGCAGGUCGCCAUGCAUCAGUCGUAUGUGCAAGCGGUGACGGGAGCGACGGGCCCGGGAGUGGGCGUUGGUGGCGUGUCGUCGGGCGCCAUGCUGGGCGGAGUGGGCGUGGGCGUGCCCGGGAUGGCGGGAGUUGGCGGAUACAUGGCGCUCCAGCGCUCGCGCGCGCAUACGCCGCUGCGACACCCGCACGUGACGUCCACUACGCAUCCGCAUCACCUGCACGGCAUGAACGAGAUGAACCUCCGUGGGCUCCUGAACUCGUCCGGUGCGCGAGGCCGGCCCCCCGCGCCGCCCCCACAGCACGCACAACACGCACAGCACGUACAGCACGCACAGCACGCCUACCACCAAAUGAUGGGCGCCUACGGCAACGGCGCGUACGCGGCGGGCGGCGGCGCGGCGAGCGGGCGGCGCAGCGGCGGACCGCGCACGCCGUCGCCCGCGCCGCUCGCGCACGCGCACGCGCACCAGCCCUCCGCCAAGUGGCACAUCCCGCAGCACGCGCUGCCCAACGGCGGGCUGGAGGCGAGCGCGGGCGCGGGGGCGGGCGCGGCGGCGGCCGGCUCGCUGGGCGGCGCCGACUACAAGAUCACGCUGGGCCGCGCGCGCACCUCCUCCGCCGUCACCUCCACGAACCCCAAGACGCCCAGCCCCAGUCUCAAUGGCGUGAGUGCCGGGUGUGCGUCGGAGCUGGACAAGGUGUGCGCGGAGUCGGUGCAGGAUCUCAUGGCCACCAUAGCGAAGCUCGACUCCAACGGUGUGCAGGUGGUGGCGGAGCAGAGCGGCGGGGACGCGUCUCCGGCCGCCGUGCACUCGUCCACGGACGCGCCGGGCCGCGCCGCCGGCGACCCCAACGAGGACUGGUGCGCCGUGUGCAUGGACGGCGGGGAGCUCAUGUGCUGCGACAAGUGCCCCAAGGUCUUCCAUCAGUACUGCCACAUACCCACCAUCGAGAAGUUGCCCGAGGAGACUGAAUCUUGGCAGUGCCUCCUGUGCGUGAACUUCGCGGAGGAGCCGGAGGGCGAGGCGGGCGAGGAGAGCGAGGCGGGUGAGCUGACGGGGCGCGUGCGCCGCAUCGCAGAGCGGAUCACGCUGGAGCUGUACUGCCAGUACGAGCAGUCGCUGCCCUUCCGCGAGCCCGUGCCGCCGCACAACCGGCACUACCACACCAAGAUUCAGCGGCCCAUGUGUCUGGACAUGAUCCGGUUGAAGCUUCAGCCGAGCGCGGAGGGACGGUACACGCACAUCUCGCAGUUCGUCGCCGACGUACGGCUACUCUUCCGCAACGCCUACAGAUAUAAUCCGCCGGAUUCCCAAAUCAAUAAGGACGCAAAAAAGUUAGAGGACUUCUUCGACGCGCAGCUGCUGAAGUGGCUGCCCGACUACACGUACUGGGGCGGGGAGGGCUCGCCGCCCGCCAAGCGCGCGCGCUGCGACUGACCGGCGCCUGUCGCGCUCGCUCGCGAGGGUAUCGGUGCGAAGUAAUACUUGAGUGAAAUUCGUUUGGAACUAAACAGUCCAGCUUAUCUAAAAUCUUCAAAAAGUUAUAGUUUUAUUUCGAACUCAGGUGCAUCUGUUUGCGACGUGUUUGAAGUUGUUCACAUGGCCAGUUAUAUGACACAAAAUGUCACGUGUAAAUAUUUGAAAGUGGUUAAUUAUUAUUAUACCGUGUAUGAUGUGGAAACAGAGUGUUAGUUGUGAUACUGGACAGGAGUCGAGAUAAAAUGUUCUUAAGUAUUCGACGUAGAUAAUCUUAAUAUUUUCUAUACAUUUCUUAUAAUGUAGAAGUUCCUCUGAAAUAUUACGAAAAAGAUUAUAUGUUAUUAAUAUAUUAUUCGUAUUUAAAGGACCUUCCUAUGUCGUACAGCAUCAACUAUUUCGUUUUGUUAUUUGAAGGUACACAAUCUUAUAGAGUAAUACCGCACUGCAGAUGUAACUGUUAGUGUAAGAUAACACAUAAUACUGCCUCGGUAUCACAGUUUUCUGGUUUAGAAUAACUCGUUAAACUUAUACACAUAUAUUGUUAUUUAACUGUGAUAAAAAGAAAACCAUGUUUGUCAUUUUACAUGAUGGAAGUUUUCUUCAGGCUCCUUUCUUAAAUACGAUACAAUUGUAUUACUUUAAUUAUAUGUCACACCUUAAAUCCAGUAAGUUUCGAAUUAAAUACAUAAUAUCGUAAUGUACAUUUCAGAAUCUUCUUAACAUAUAUCUGUAGGAGGUAAAAAUCUGCAAUGUUACAAGCAUUCAUAAAAUGUCGGAGCCAACGGAUGCUUUGAGUUUAUGUGUACAGGUUGAUGACCUACGCGACGACAUAUUACUUGUAACGUGUAACCUUGUACAUUAUGUUAUAAUAUAAAAAUGCACAAAUCACACUAUUAUUAAGUUUUAUUUUAGGAACAUUUGGUAUAUGCGUUUAUAUUAGAUUGCGCCAUCAAAGACUGAGUUAUCUAAUGGAACUAUUAUUUUGAAAAAAAUGACUUGCGAUAUAAUCUUAUGACAAUUUAAAUGAGUAUAACUAUGUACAAAAAUCAGCUAGAAUUUCUUUAAAUACUGCCAUCAUAGCACAACGAUCUUUAUUGUGCAAUUGUCUAGAACUUGUUCUGGACUAAGAUGAAAGUCUACUGUUUAUUUAACUAAAUAAUUAUGUUUUAUUUAUUAUUUUGUAAUUGUAUGGCAGUACAGUUUGACUAGAUAAGAAUAUACUUAAA